GAGGGGGCGGGCCUCGGGCCGGGCAGGGAGGGUGAGGACGAGGGAGGGGUGCCCGCUGCGCCUGCCUGCGGCUCGCGCCACCGGUGGCUGCGGGCCGGUGACGGGCGGGUGACAUGCCCCGAACCUGCGGAGCCUGCGGCCGCCAGGUUCCAUAUUGGAUUUCAGUUGCUUUAUUCUUCUUCCUUGAGUAAGAGUGUUCUGCCUGCAGCAGCCAUCAGGAAUAUUGUAUUUUGUGUAUUUACUUUUCAGUGAUUAUAUUACCAUAGUCAUAGCAAUGGCAGCUUUCCAGCCUUUCAGAAACAGUCACAUGAAGAAUAAAGCAUCUGUCAAAAAAAGUUUCAGUGAAGAUGUGUUCCAAUCUGUAAAGUCUUUAUUACAGAGUGAGAAGGAACUAUGCUGUGUAUCAGGAGAGGACUGUUUAAACCAGGAUGAACAUACCAGUUUAACUGAGGUCACAUUUCUGGGCUUUAAUGAAGAAACAGAUGCUGCUCAUAUACAGGAUUUAGCUGCAGUUUCUUUGGAACUUCCAGACCUUCUGAAUUCAUUCCACUUCUGCAGUCUAAGUGAAAAUGAAAUUAUUUGUAUGAAGGAUAUAAAUAAAUCAUCAGAUAUAAAUAAUGGCCCUCUAAAUCAGAGUCAUCAUUCUGGAAUGCUUUGUGUCAUGAGAGUAUCACCUACCUUACCAAGACUCAGAAUUGAUUUUAUCUUUAGUCUCCUAAGUAAAUAUGCUACUGGUAUAAGGUAUACCCUGGACACAUACUUGCAUCGGAAGCACCAACUUGAGACCACUGAUGAAGAUGAUGAUGAUACGAACCAGUCUGUGUCUUCCAUAGAGGAUGACUUUGUCACUGCUUUUGAGCAGUUAGAAGAGGAAGAGACUACAAAGCUGUCUAAUGAUGAAAUAAAUGUUGCUACACCAAGGAGUCAGUGUGAUGCUGCUUUUCAGACAAUUUCUGGUCACCCUUUAGAAACCCGUGAUUUAAAAGUUCUGGUUAAUUAUGGACAGCAGAAGUCACUGGCCAAACCGUCAUCUUCAGUAAAUGUUCUGGGACAGAAAGAGCCGUCUAUGAAAACUUCAGUUACAACAUCAGUUUCAGAGCCUUGGAUCCAAAGGAGUUUCUAUAGGUCAUCUAAUGCUUCAAAUAAAGUUAGUGAUACACAGAAGACAUUUUUUUCUUCUUCUCCUGCCUACUCAUCUGAAUCUGAAUGCUCAAGUCCAAGUCCUAUAAUUUUCUUGGAUGAAGAGGGAUAUCAAAAAAGUUUAAAAGCAAAACUUGAGCUGCCUAAAAUUCCUGUGAUGAAAGAUGAUGUAGAGGAUUCAGACUCAGAAGUAAGUGAAUUUUUUGAUAGCUUUGAUCAGUUUGAUGAACUAGAACACACUUUAGAGACUUCUUGUCUAUUUAUGAACGAUCCUUCCAUAGGGAAGUCAUCCCAGAAGAUGGGACACAAACAUGAAAAAUCUUGUAUGAAUCCUCAGAAAUUCAAGUUUGAUUGUCCAGCUCUUUCAGCUAAUGUUAAAAAGCCAACGCCUCGUAAACCAGAGUCUCCUUAUGGUAACCUGUGUGAUGCUCCAGAUUCCCCUCGUCCAGUGAAGGCAUCAGGAGAAGACAGUGGUUUGUUUAGCCCUAUUCGAUCCUCUGCCUUUAGUCCUCUUGGAAGCUGUAUGCCUGCUGAAUGUUUUUGCCAAACAGAUAUUGGUGGUGAUAGAAUUCAUGAAAAUCAGGAUCCUGUAUAUUACACUUACGAAGAUUAUGCAAGUAGCAUUUCAUAUGAAGUACUAAGUUCAGUUCUUGAUACUCAGCAUGCUAAUACAAUGUUAGAUAUUGAUAGUAUUAAAAGGAGAGAAAAGACUGUAGCUUUUAAGCAUGGAAACUUUGAUCAAAAAGGUAAAUCUAAAAACAAAUCUUUAAUGAUUAAAGAUAGCAUUCAGAAAUUUGCAGCAGAUCUUGUGGAAAAAAGUUUUGGCAAUGCAUUUAAAGACUUGCAGAAAGGGGUCUCUUCGUGUACCAAUGCAUUGUGUGACUUAGCUAUCAAAUUGACAUCAUCUGUUUUUCAGAUGGCAUUUAAUGAACUUAGAAGGCAGCAUGCAUUUUCAUUGAAAGAACAUGCCAUUAGUAGCCUGGCUAAUUUUCUGGUGAGCGAAGCCUUAUCAAAUGCCUUAAAAGACUUACAGUAUGUAAAGAAGCAAAUAUUUACAAAUGUAGUUGCUAGGUUUGCUGCAGAUCUUGCAGAAGAACUUGUUUUUGAAGGCAUUAUGGAAGUGUGUCAGUUUUCAUAUCCUCCAACACCUGCAUCUCCACAGUGUCAGUCAUUUGACUUUGAAGACAAAGUUGUGAAGUCAUAUGCAAAAGAUUUGUCUGAAUCCGUAAUACAAGAAGCAUUCAUUGAGCUAUCCCAGGUUGAUGUGACCUUCACAACAAAGGCAGCAGUUAGUGUUUCUACAGGUAAUGACAAGUACAUGAGUUCAGAAAGUGUAGUGCCACCUACACAGACCUUCACAUUUUCCUCAUCUUUUAACAGUCAUGCAAUUAUGAUGUCAAAACCAGUGCAGGAAUAUAAAAAGGAGUACACAGUGCAGCAGGCUUUGUUUUGUACUUCAGGAAUUGUCACUUCCAUACCAGUGCCCUUGGCAGGAAGUGCCCUUCUCCCAUAUCAUAUUUCAUCUACUUUGUAUCAGUCCAAGUCUCAUAUGUCACCUGAGCCUAGUAAUGAGAAUGGUGGUUCUACCCAAGACCAUCCUACCACAAAAAGCAAAGAAGAGGAAGUAGAUUGUCUCAGAAAAAUUUGUUUACCUUCAGAACCUAAUCCAGGUAAGCAGACUGACUUUAAGCCAGCUAACAGUGAUAUUGAAAUGCAGAAUCCUCCAAAAUUGAGUGAUCCUGUGAUUAUAAGCAACUUUUCUGCAGCAAUGGUACAUACAAUCGUAAAUGAAACAUUAGAGUCAAUGACAUCCUUCAAAGCUACAAAAACAGUUAAUGAACAUGCAGAUUAUUUAACUAAAACAAUAAAAGGAAAAACCUCUCCUCUUUCUCAUUGUAGUCAAGCAGCACCACAACAGAACAAAGCUAGCAAUAAGGACAUAUUUGCUGAACAGUUAUCAAAAUCCAUUAUUAAACAUUCCAUAGAUAAAAGCAAAUCAGUGAUCUCAAAUAUAGAUAAAAAUGUGGUAAGUAAGGGAUGCUUACCUGUUCUUGGAGAAGAAUCACAGUUGACCUUGGAAAAAUCUCACAAAUUUCUUGAUAGUCAAGAUAAUUUGCCUUACUCUUCACUUUCGGUUGGAAAGGAUUAUGUUCCAGAAUGUAAAGAGUCUAUGGUUCUUGGAUUUUCCUUAGAGACUCUACCACCAUGUCCGAUGAUGAUAAGUCAGAAAUCUGACUUGAGGGAACUUGCUAAAGAUAAACCAGUGAAAAAGCAUAAUUCGAACAAUACAGCACUUGAGCCCUUGACUUUUGGACAGGAAAGCUCUUUUCGUCACUCACAGUCUUUCUCAUCUUCAGUGCUUGCCUGUGUAGAUGGUUUGCAUGUGGAAGAUAAACAGAAAAUCAGAGACAGAAAUGUAAUACCUAAUACUCCUCCAUCAACUCCUUUAGUACAAUCCCAGACUAGUUCUGAGUGGGAUAUCAGGAAGUUGUCCAAAAAGCUCAAGGGGGAGUUAGCCAAAGAAUUUGCACCUGCUACACCACCCUCUACACCUCACAACUCAUCUGUUGGUAGUUUGUCUGAAAGUGAACAAAAUACUAUAGAAAAGGAAGAGUUCAUGUUGAAACUCAUGCGAUCUCUUUCAGAAGAAGUUGAAAGCAGUGAAGGUGAAGAGCAUCCAGAAAUGGAUGUGAAGUCAGAGAAUUCAGGGAAGAAAGUUCAGUUUGCAGAAGCAUUAGCUACACGUAUCAUUUCUCUUGCAACUGAAAUGGCAGCCUCUCAUUUAGAUCAUGAAAUAACUAAAGAACCCAAGGUUCAAAGCCUUUCCUUGAAUGUACUGAGUCAAAGAAGUGUGUUGCCUGCUUUUUUAAGUCAUUCAGAUGAAAACCUACGAACAUGUGAUUUUGCAAGUAAAAUGGCAGCAGAAGUCAUUGCAGAAGCCGAGAAAAUAGCAAAAGUUAGAAGUUGUAUGCUUUUCAAGCAAAAGAGGAACAGUUGUCCUGUUGAUGGUGAUCAAAGUAGAACAGAAGAGAAGUUGGAUGUCUCGGAGGAUGUAGCACAUCCAAGAGAAACAGAUCCAUUUGUUCUUUCAUUACCAAGAUCCUACAUGCCAGGCCUGACAUAUAAAUAUCCCAGUUGUGAAAGUGUGACAGAUGAAUAUGCAGGUCAUGUUAUCAAAAUACUAAAACAGGAAGGUGGUAAUGGUGAGCUAAUAAUGGAUCAGUAUGCCAAUAGACUUGCUUACCGAUCUGUUAAGUCAGGAUUGCAAGAAGCAGCUAAAACAGCCAAAAUGAAGUAUAAUUCAAAAUUGCUUCCUGUGCACAACUCUCAAGUGAAAGUUAACAAAGAACUGUUGUUCUCAAAAAAGCAUCACCAAGAAAUAGAUAAGAAAAGACAAAGAAAGAGAAAUGGAGGUCAUCUUUGCAAAAAUCAAACUUGUGAAAGGACACAAGAUCCAUGUAGGAAUGUGCUCUCUGAACUAUACAAUUUUUCAGCCUCUCUUGCUAACAGCAUAACAAGAGAUGUUAAGAAACAGUUGACAGCACCUACAGUUGACCUGCCAAAAUCCUCAACAGAUUCUUGUUUUUUUGAAAAAUCUGGAUGUAUUGACAAUACUGAGUAUCUUCAUGAACCAGAAUUUCCUAAGUCUCUUCAACCUUUGCAGAAUUGUGGAUUUUACCAUAGUACAGGUAGCUUAAGUGGAAAUGAUUGUGGAGAGAAUGUUCAAGCGAUAGAACAAUAUGCUAAAAAAGUAGUGAGUGAUACUUUAGACCUAAGUUUAGGAUCCACAGUUUUCCAAGUAUCAGAGACAGCAAAAUCAGCAGAUAGGAUUACUUAUGCAGAAAAAUUGUCGCCUCUCAUAAAUCAAGCUUGCAGGUACUGCGACCUUAAAGAUCUCCAUGAUUGUAGCAGAAAAUCAUCUCAGCACUUUCUCAGACAGAGUUCAUGUGCUGGCAGUAAGCCAGGUUCCGAUUCAAAAUUUAGCAACAUCUACCAGAAAUCUAGAAUCUUUCAUCUUGAUGUGCCUCAAAUUCAUGUUAAUCUUGACAAAAAGGCAGUGCUUGCUGAGAAGAUAGUUGCAGAAGCCAUUGAAAAAGCAGAGAGAGAACUGAAUAAUACCAGUUUGGCAGCUGAUAGUGGAAUUGGACAAGAUGGCAUUAGCUUUGCUGAAAGCCUCACCACGGAAAUAAUGGCAUCAGCCAUGACAAAUGUUGGGCAUGCUGUUGGCAGUUCAAAAGAAAUAGAGGACUUUCAGUCAACUGAGUCAUUUGGUAGCCAGCAGAUGAAUCUCAGUGUUGGUGAGGACAGCACUGGUAGCUGGUCCAGCUUAAGUUUUGAGGAUGACCACCAAGAUGAAAGUAGCAGUUUUCAUCAUCUAAGCGAAAGCAGUAAUGGUAACAGCAGUAGCUGGAGCAGUCUUGGUUUAGAAGGAGAUUUGUAUGAGGACAAUUUAUCCUUUCCAACAUCAGACAGUGAUGGACCAGAUGAUAAUGAUGAAGAACACGAGGAUGAUUUAGAAGAUUUGAAGCAAGAUGGAAAAACUCUGCUAAUUAUGAAUAUUGACAUGGAGCCAUGCACAGUAGAUCCCCAGCUAAGGAUUAUUCUUCAGUGGCUUAUUGCCUCUGAGGCUGAAGUUGCAGAACUUUAUUUUCAUGACUCUGCAAAGAAGGAAUUUAUAUUACUUUCAAAACAAUUACAAGAGAAAGGAUGGAAAGUGGGAGAUGUCCUGCAGGCUGUGCUUAAAUACUACGAAGUGGUGGAAAAAACAUCCAGUGAGGAAAGAUGUAAAUCCCUGUUUGAUUGGCUUUUGGAAAAUGUGUAAAACAAACUCCAAACCACUAUAUUUUAUGAUUUGUUUUAGGAUGGGAAGAAAACAGAUGAAUGUGUUUAAGAUAAAAUUCAAAUAGAGAAUAUUAACAUUUUAAUUGAAUUGAGAGGAAAGUAAAUAGCUUUUUAAGUGUUUUCUGUUAUCACAGUGUAUAUAAUUCAUACUUUUGUAAUCUUUGUCGAAAUAUUCUCUUCAUCUAUUCUUCUACGUGUGUGUGUGUGUGUGUGUGUGUGUGUGUGUGUGUGUGUAUUAUGACCCUAAAAAAGCUUGUCUGUGAAAGAAGAUCUGACCCACGGCUUGGGGAAGCAUUGUCUGAUAGCAUUCUUUUUGGAUCCAAAUAAUGAUGCUGGAAACUGGGCUUUGGUGGCUGGCAAGGGGUUCCAGUUCUUCUUUAGCCCCUCCAAAAACUAAUGGCAUCUGACAUAAAAAAAUAAAACUGAGGCUGAUUUUGUUGUUGUUGUUUACUCAUUCUGGCAGGUUUGUAAUCUUCGUUUCUGUUUUUUAACAUCAGUUUUGUUUUCAUAGUUAAGCUAUUAGUACAUCUAGAUUUCCCAAAACAUUAAUUUCUUAACCUAAGCAUUAGUGGUUUAGGUGUCUGUAAAAACUGAGUUUUCUGAACUUUACGGCAAGUAACAGUAUUUGCUAAUGCUGCCAAUCAUUCUGGAAUACAAGAGAGGGAGGAAGAGCGAGGGAGAGGGAGGAGAGAGAGAGAGAGAAAGAGAGAGAGCGAGAGCGAGCGCCUUAACCUCCCCACUAGUUUGUUCCUUCUCUGUCACUUUUCAUAGUUAGAAAUCCACUAUUAACAUUACAAAGGUGCUUUAAAAUGUAAAGAUCGUGUAGUAAGAAUUCUUAACUUUUUGGCUUAAAUUUACAAAUGAAAGUUCAGGUUGAAAAACUUGUUGUAAUUUUAAAAACUAAUAUGGAAAUAUACUCAGAGGAGCCUAAUAAUGAUUUUCAUUGUUGGAUUUUUGAGAGAAAGAAAAACCACUUAAAUAAUUUUUUCUAGAACAGUUGCCACCACCCCCCCCACACACAAUAAAAUUUACCGGAACUAUUUUAAGUUCUCCCAUAUGAUCUUUCUGGCCUCCACAUUCCCUACUUUGUUUUUAGAAAAUGCAAGUUGGCCUGAGUAAGAGGACCAAGGUUGUGUCUUGGUUUUGUUUGUGUAGGUUUGUGUUACUGUGUGUUUGGUUCUUUUGCUAAUGAAUUUUGUGAUCUAGGGCACAAAAUUUUGUGGGAGCCUUUGGUUAUGCUCCAUCCUGUUUUCUUUUUUCCCCAAGCACUAUUCUAGAAGCUGCACUAAAUGUAGACAUAGCACCUGGUAGGGAGUAGUGAAUGAGAGCACUUAUAUUAAUUUGAAUUAAUAAUUAUGGUUGAGAAAUAUAUAGUGAAAGAUUGAAAUUUACUUUAGAAGAAUGCCAAAAGCUAUUUGAAUAUUUUGAGAUUACCUUGUAAGUUUUUCUCAAUUUAAGAUAGUGUCAUGUGGGCAGCCUUAAACUUACACAUUUUUUCUAAAGUUUUUUCACAUAUUUUUUAAGGCAGAGAAAUGGAAGAAAUAUGUAACCGGAACUGUUUCUGUCAAUAGCUUUUCAGAACUCAAGUUGUGGUGGCACUGCCCUGAUUUCAAACAUUAGGACUGUGAAUGUUUACUCUUGUUAAAUUGUAACUUGCAGACUGCAGUUAGUCGUUUGGGUAUAUGUAUGGGUUAGAUAAAUAGAAAAACUGAGUUCUAAAUUUCUUUGAACCCGAAAUGACAUUUUAUUGGUCUUAUGAAACUAAAAGUGCUUAUGCUUAUUUCUGUUAAUGAUAUUCUCAUUUGCAGAAAGUUUUCCUUGUUCUUAUUUCUUUGCAUUUUGGUGAAGCUGUGCUGAGCUUUUUGUCUUUUAUUUGUUACCUGAUGACAAAACUGUCAUGAGGUGUAACAGGAUAGUUGAACUACAUACUUACAUCAUUUCAGUGUAGGAACACAGAGAAAUAAGUAUUACAGAUGUGAAGAGAAAUUCAGUUCUGUGUAUAGAGAAAAUGGUUGAGUCUAGAGCAGUAUCUUUUAAUCAGGUACAAUCUAAACUUUCUUUAAGGCACUUUGUGAUUUUUCCAAAGACAUUCUAGAUCUGUGUUCAUUCUUCAGAAGACCUCUUGUCCAGGAUAGUUCUAUCUUAUUUUAUUACAAAUCUCUUGACAUAUUUAUAUUGUAACAUUGUAAUAUUGCCAUUCUGUACAUUUUACUCCUAAUGUAAUAUGUUUUAUUUAGAACUGUAAAAAUUGUCACGUGCAAUGAGCUGUACUCUUGGUUUGCCAAUUUUUAAACCUUUUUGUGAUCUGCAGAAAGAAAGUGAAAGAGUUCUGAUGAGGAGCUUCCUGAAUUAUUUCAGACCAAAAUAUGGCAAUUCUUUCAUGUUCAUCUUUCCCUAAGCUAAGUUUAAAGAGCAUUUGUAUUCUACGUAUUACUAAUUACUGAUUUAGAAAAUAUUUCCUGAUUUACUAGAAAAGAAUAUUUCAUUUAAAAACCACGGAAGAAAAUGGCAACAGAAAUUGGAUGGCUCCAUGUGUUAUAGUGGCUUUUUAAAAAGCUUUGGAGUAUUCACUCAGUGAACACAUGUGGUAUCUUUAUGAGAAAUGUUCCAUUUGUGCCCUUUAAGAUAGUUAAUGUGAAUUAUAAUUCAUAAUACUUUGAUUCUGGUUAAAUAAGGAUUUAUUUUGCUGGUAGGCUUUAUGUAUUAAGUGCCCUAUGUAUAUAAAGUAAAAGACAGUUACCUAUUUGACAGUAGACAACUUUGACAUUAGUGCAUAUUCUCCAAACUAAGGUUUCAUCUUCAUCAUCAGAGUCCAGAUUCACAUCUACUUUAUUAUUCAGCUGAUUGUAUUUUUCCACAAUUAUCACCAUCUGUUUCUAAUCAGUACAUCCUUUAACAUUUCAUAUUUUUCAAAGAAAUUUUACACAGAGUUUAAAAAAUGUUGCAUCCACACACAGAGGGUAGGGAAACUGCUUUCCAUUUAAGAUCCUGUUUGUCUGUUACCAGCACAAGAGGAUGAGAGUAUCUGUGGGAAUUAGAAAGGUUGCACUCCUAAGGUCAAGUGUACUUUUCCUUGUUGGCAGUACAAGCCCUGUAGGCAUCUCAUUGUUUACUGUGUUCCUGCUCUGAGAAUGCAGGUGCAGUGUUAGUCACUCCUGACACUUUAUUUAUUUAUUGUUUGCCAUCUGUACAUUCCUUUCACAUAGAGUUAUAGUUCUAGAGUUCUUGUUUUGUUUUGUUUCUGUUGUGAGAUUUUGAAUACUAUUUAAUACCAAGUUUUAAUAUUGCUGGAUUUGCUACCUUUGGUUACUUGUGCAGUGUUAAAAGUAAUCUGCAUUCUUGUUUAGUUACAGAAUAUUUAGUAAAAGCAGCUUUGAAUAAUUAUGGCCAUUAAUUUGGGUGUGCUCAGUUAGUACAUUAAGAUCUUGUACUGUGUAAUAGUAACUUUGUUUUUUUGCUCUUCAGUAAUUUAAUGUUCACUUACAAAAAUAGGAACUUCAAGAUGCUCUAAAAUUUUGUUUUAGCAGUGACUCAAAAAAAUGUUUCAGAAAUUACUUUCGUAAUAAUUUGCAAUUAAUUGUUCUUUUCUCUUGACAUUUGUUGAUGCUUGUGAUCUUUCCUCUCCCAGCUACGAAUCCUUCAAUAAAUUUAAGAAAUGCUGA